GACCGAGUAGCUUUGCUUUUCAGGCUUAACCUUGACCCCAUAUUGGAGCAGAACAGAAGAGAGGAUACAAAAGAAGGAAGCUACAAAAAAAUCCUUGUGCAGCACCCACAAUAUUUUCUCUGACUCUCUCUCUUUCCUCUUUUACCCCAAACACCAUAUCAUCCAAGCAAAAAGAAAGAAAAACACACACACUUCACUACACGUGAUUAGUUAAGUUUUCUGAAUCCGCCUACCAUAUUUGCUUCGGAGAGAGAUGGAGUUUGGAGAUAACAACAUGUUGGGUCUUAACAACCACACCAAAGAGGGAAAUGGAAACACUAAUAUCAACAAUAACACUUUUGUUAAUGUUUGGUAUUCAUCAUGGGAACCUACUAUGCCCACUUCUUCAAAUUCUACCCUUAUUAAUAAUACGCUACACGCCGCCGCCGUGGCGGGGGGGGGGCGCCAGCAGCAGCUGUACGGGGGCGAGGGGUGUCACGUGCAGGCGGACCCUCAUCUCACGUGCUUGCAUCUUGGCAAGAGACAUUACCUGGAGGAUGAUGGUGGGGUUGGUGCUACCCCUCUGGGGAACCGACACGUGUGCGGCGGUGGAGGGGGUUUUGCGUUGGAGGGUAACGAUAAGAGAGCGAGAGGGUGUUACGGCGGGAAAACGGCGCCGUUUGCGAUGGUUCCGAGAUGUCAGGUUGAGGGGUGCCACGUGGCGCUGGUGAACGCGAAGGAGUACCAUAGAAGGCACAGAGUUUGUGAUAUGCAUUCCAAGGCGCCCAAAGUUGUGGUGUUAGGAUUGGAGCAGAGAUUCUGUCAGCAGUGUAGCAGGUUUCAUGUGGUAUCAGAGUUUGACGAUGCUAAGAGGAGUUGCAGGAGGAGACUGGCGGGUCAUAACGAGCGAAGAAGAAAGAGCUCUCACCUUUCUGUUACUAGGAAUUCGAGACAAGGGUGUGCUCUCUCUCUUCUGUCAUCAUCUGGGAGUGAGUCUUGGCUUGCUCAUGCUGAUCUCUCCACAAGAUGCAGCGCAGCAUUGCGUGAACUGAUAGCAGAAAACCGUGCCACUGCCCUAAUGACUAGACAAGUUUAUGAUAGACACUGCCAUGCCAUGCCCCACCAUGCAAUAGUGGAAGAACAAGACUUCCAGCAGAUACAACCUGAGUCCAAUUAUUUUCCACAACACAUGUUUCCCCAGACACAAUAAUGAUAACAAUAAUGCUUCUCAUGCACUUUCCAGACUGUAGUGUAGCCACCCAUUUAUGGAAGGCCUAAAUGGGAGCCAUUGUUGUCUCUUAUUUUCAAUUCUUUUGUUUGCUAAAAAUAAAUGUCCAGAACUUCUUUCAGGGUUGAGAUUGUAGAGUACUACUUGCUUCUUGUAUAAUUGGGGCGACAAUUACAGUAAGGUUGCAUUUGCAUGCCUAGUGGUAGUAAAUUGUCAAGUUGUUUUUGGUGUC